AUGUUGAUCGAAGCCGCUCAUGCUAUAGCAAGUCAAAAUAACCGCCUUUCGAAAUCUACCUACUUAUUAGACGAAAGCAAGAGUCCAAACAAUAUGUCUAUGUCUUAUUGUACAUUUAGCAAUAUUGUAGAACCGGAUUCAGUGGUUGAAGUGGGAUUCGAGAGUUCAAAGCGCUUAGACAAGAACGAUGCUCUGGUUAGCGGAUGUGUGGAAAUGACAAAUAACCCCCUACACAACAAACCAACGCAAAGAUCCUAUUGUGAUUGUCAGUGUUCGCUGCUAGCUGCCGACCUAGAAGGGAUUAAGCUUGAAAUUACAAUUAUGCAAAAGGAUAUUAAGACUAAUGCUAGUAAAUCCCGAGCCGAUCAGGUGAACCUGCUGAAGAUCGAGCUUUCUAGUGAGAGAGAAAAAUGUGAGCGCCUUGAAGCUGAUUUGUCCCUUAUAAUUCAAGGACGAACCCGUGAGGUUAGUGAAAUGAACGAUAUCAUUGCUUCACUUGAAUGUAAACUUAAAACCACCGAGGCGACUAAUGACUCUCUGAGACAAGUGAUUAAUACCAUAAUAUCCAAUUCAAAACCAAACGAGUUUCUCCCCAGCAAUGUCCCUGCAAUGGGAGAUACUCAGUGCUUGCCUAGCCUAGAAGAACAAAUUAAUUAUGACCUUAUUCAUGAUCCAGAUGCAAAAAUAAUUAAAGGGCGAACUCGUGAGGUUAAUGAAAUAAACGUUAUCAAUUAA